AUGGAAGACAGUACCACAGACACAGAACAAGAAGAGGAAGAGGAGAAAGACGAAAAAGAUCAGGAAGACCCCAUUUAUGCUGUAGCGCCCACAAUAUAUAUCCAAGAUGAGCGAUGUGUUGAUUUAUCUACAACUCCAGCUUUCAUUUGUCUGCAAGAGUUACACAGUAUGGGAAAACUUCCUGGAACCAGAAUGGCAGAGUUAAAAGCCAAGUACACCUUGCUACAUGAUACCGUGGUAAGCACACAAGAGUCCGAGGUCCAACUGCUAGAGGAUGCCAAACGUUUCACCGAGCAAAUACAACAGCAGCAGUUUCACCUGCAGCAAGCUGAUAAUUUUCCUGAGGCAUUCACCACCGAGGUCUCUAAAAUGCGAGAACAACUUCUCAAGUACCAAAACGAAUAUAACGCAGUGAAGGAAAGAGAGUUCCACAAUCAGUACAGAUUAAAUAGCUUAACAGAAGAAAAAACCCUCAUAAUAAAGGAAUUUGAGAAGAUACCUAAGCCAGGAGAAAUGGAGAAGAAGACGAGACUAUUGAGAGAAAGCACUGAGGAAUUACGUAAGGAAAUAAUGCAGAAGAAACUGGAAAUCAAAAAUUUACGGGAAGAUUUGACAUCUAAGCAAAAGCAAUUACUAAAGGAGCAGAAGGAACUAGAAGAACUGUUGGAAUAUCAGGUCAACCUAAAGGAUGAAGUGGUCCACCAUCAAACUGUUCCUGUACAAAUUGGAAAAGAGAUAGAAAAAACAACACGCAAAAAAGUAGAAAUGGAAAAGAAAAAAAUCGUCUUGGAAUAUGAACUCAAAGAGCUAAAUGACUCGCUAAAGAAAGUUGAAAACAAAAUUAAUUCUAUAAUGGAAGAGAAGGAGGAUGUAAUAAAGGAAGUUGAAGGCAAACGAGCCUUACUUGAAAUCAAAGAACGAGAAUAUAACCAAUUGGUCAAGCUCCUGGAAUUAACCAGAGAGAAUGAAGCAACUUCACUAACUGAAAGAGGGAUCUUAGAUCUCAACUUACGAAACUGUCUCAUUGAUAAGCAGAACUACCAUGAUGAACUUUCUCGUAAGCAAAGAGAAAAAGAACGAGAUUUUCGAAAUUUAAAAAAGAUGGAGCUACUCUUAAAAGUGUCCUGGGAUGCACUCACUCAAACUCAAGCACUACAUCAAAGGCUUCUAUUAGAGAUGGAAGCUAUCCCUAAAGAUGAUUCUAUAUUAUCCGAGAGAAGGAGAGAACUCCACAAGGAAGUUGAAGUGGCUAAGAGGAAUCUGGCCCAACAGAAAAUCCUAUCAGAAGCUGAGUCCAAGUUAGUGGAACAACAACUUGCAGAAGAAAACAAGCUUUUAAAGGAGCAAGAAAACAUGCGAGAGCUUGUCUUCAACCUUGUCCGUAUGACUCAGAUCAAAAUUGAUGAGAAGGAGCAAAAAUCCAAGGAUUUCCUGAAAGCUCAGCAAAAAUAUACCAACAUUGUUAAGGAGAUCAAAGCAAAGGAUCUGGAAAUCAGAAUACACAAGAAGAAAAAACGUGAAAUUCAUCGGAGACUCAAAGAGUUUGCUAAACUGUAUGACAUCAUCCGAAAUGAAAGAAACAAAUUUGUUAACUUACUUCACAAAGCUCACCAGAAAGUAAAUGAAAUAAAAGAAAGACAUAAGAUGUCAUUAAAUGAACUGGAAAUUUUAAGAAAUAGUGCAGUUACUCAAGAAAGAAAGUUACAAAAUUCCAUGCUGAAACAUGCCAACAAUGUUACUAUCCGAGAAAGCAUGCAAAAUGAUGUGUGCAAAAUUGUAGCAAAACUUCAGGAAAUGAAGGAGAAGAAGGAAACCCGGUUAAGUAACAUUGACAGACUUGCCAAUAUGAUCACAACAAUUGAAGAGGAGAUGGUGCAGCUUCGCAAGAGAUACGAGAAAGCUGUUCAGCGUCGAAAUGAAAGUGGCGUUCAACUGAUAGAACGGGAAGAGGAAGUGUGCAUCUUCUAUGAAAAAAUAAAUAUCCAAGAAAAGAUGAAGCUAAAUGGAGAAAUUGAAAUACAUGCCCUGGAAGAAAAGAUCCGGUUCCUGAAACUGAAGAUUGCUGAGAAACAAAGACAGAUUCACGUGACCCAGAAAUUACUGCCAACCAAGAGGGCCCUGGACGCCGACUUAGCAGUGCUCCAGAUUCAGUUUUCACAGUGUAUAGACAGAAUAAAAGACCUGGAGAAACGAUUUAUAAAUCCCGAGGAUGAGAACAGAAUCCGCUUCAUUCCAGGGAAAGAUAUGACCCAAGAACAAAUGAUCAAAAAAUUAGAUGUGCUGGAACUACAGCUGGCCAAGAAGGAGGAGAAGUUACUGGAAAAGGACUUCAUCUAUGAACAGGUGUCUCGGCUCACGGACAGGCUCUGCAGCAAAACUCAGGCCUACAAGCAGGACACACUGCUCUUAGCCAAGAAGAUGAAUGGCUACCGGAAAAAGAUCAAAGAUGCUACGGAACAAACAAUGGCUCUUGUUGCUGAGCUGUCCAUGAAACAAGCCCUGGCCAUUGAACUCCAGAAGGAAGUCAGGGAGAAAGAAGACUUCAUCUUCUCUUGCAGUUCCAGGAUAGAAAAGGGCCUGCCACUCAAUAAAGACAUUGAGAGGGAAUGGUUGAAGGUACUUCGAGAUGAAGAAAUGUAUGCCUUGGCUAACGCUGAAAAGUCUCGGGAGUUCUUGGUAGCAGAUAACCACCAGCUGCCCAAUGGUGUUUACACAACUGCAGAGCCACGUCCCAAUGCCUACAUCCCAGAGGCCGAGGCCACUCUUCCUUUGCCCAAACCAUAUGGCGCGUUGGCUCCUUUCAAGCCCAGUGAACCGGGGGCCAGUAUGAGGCACAUAAGGAAACCUGUUACAAAGCCAAUUGAAAUCUGA